GGCAUUGCAGAAGAGAAAUUAAAUGCGAAAAGAAGAAGAAAUGCUCAAAAAGUUUUUUACAGGGCUAUCUCGAAAAUUUUCCAGGGUAGAUGUGUCAGAUCUAGUUCUGAUCCAGCUAAUCAGGUUUCUGAUGCACUCUGA